UAGACUCCCAAACCCAUCCCUAUUGAGGCAAACUGGUGCCACAGUGGCUCCAUCUGUUGACCUGUCCAGUGCUCUUCAUAACCAGAGCAUCAGCCGUUCGACUUACCGUUUACCAUCCAGUGUUUUGGUGACACACCAGCAGUCCCCCUCUACACUUCAAAAAGUUGACCUGUCCAGUGCUUUGUCAAAAAACCCAACCAUUCGUGAGGCAAAUAUGCGUCUACCCAAUGGCAAUAUCAUGCCUCGACUAGGCGCCCCUCGCGGCCCAGAGCCCCGCUCAUUAGAUCUCUCUCGUGCUCUACAGAACCCACUUCUCCAGGGGGCUUCUUACUGCCUACCCUCCACAUGUGCUGUUGUAUCCCCCCAGGUCCAAGAUUCUGACCUGGAGCAACACUGGGCUCGUGACCCUGGAGUUGAAACCUUAGACCCGCAGCAUGACAUGGAUGUGUGGGGUGCGGAGAAGGUCUUACCUCAUGGGACGGUACAAAACCUCAAUAAGUGGUCUAUGUAUAGAGAUGAGAAGCUACUGGACCACCAUGACUUGAUGGAUCAGCAAAAGAGGGAGCGUAAUACAGGAGUGUGUAAUCUCAGCAGGGAGGGGGAACCCCAGGGUCCCUGGUUUGACAAGAUGUACUCAAUCAGAUGCCUGCCCACAGUAGCUCACCGAGAGCAACGUGAAGAAGAUGGAGUGGAAGACAUGACACAACUGGAGGAAAUGCACGAAGGAGCUGUUCUUCACAAUGUGAGGAAAAGGUUUCAACGGGAGUUGAUUUAUACAUAUAUAGGUAGCAUUCUGGUUUCCGUGAACCCUUAUAAGAUGUAUAACAUCUAUGGGACAGACAUGGUGCUGCAGUACAAGGGCCACGCUCUGGGCGAGAACCCCCCACAUUUGUUUGCCAUAGCAAACGCUGCUUAUUCCAAAAUGAUGGAUGCCAAACAUAACCAGGUCAUAAUAAUCAGUGGGGAGAGCGGUUCUGGGAAAACAGAGGCCACCAAACUAGUCCUUCGCUACCUUGUAGCUUUACAUCACACAAGCAAUCUUGCCCAACAGAUACUAGAGGCCGCUCCUCUGCUGGAGUCUUUUGGAAAUGCCAAAACUGUACGUAACGAUAACUCCAGUCGCUUCGGGAAACACAUGGAAGUCUUUCUGGAGGCCGGUGUGAUCAAUGGUGCCAUAACGUCUCAGUAUCUUCUGGAAAAGUCUCGCAUCGUCUUCCAGGCCAAAGAUGAGAGGAACUAUCACAUAUUCUAUGAGAUGCUGGCAGGUCUUCCAUCGCAACAAAAGCAGACUUUCUAUCUUCAGGAGGCAGAGACCUACUAUUACCUCAACCAGGGAGGGGAUUGUGGGAUCGCAGGAAAGGAUGAUGCAGAGGACUUCCAACGUCUGCUUGCCGCCAUGGAGAUCCUUCACUUCAGCGCAGACGACCAGUCGGCCGUCUUUAGAGUUUUGUCUUCCAUACUGCACCUGGGCAACGUCUACUUUCAGAAGUAUCAGGCUGACGGCCAGGAGGUGGCGACAGUGGUGAGCGCUCAGGAGAUCAGGGUGGUAGCGGAGCUGUUGCAGAUCUCUCCAGAAGGCCUUCAGAAAGCAAUCACCUACAAAGUCAUGGAGACGAUGAGGGACAAGAUUUACACCCCGUUGACUGUGGAAAGUGCUGUAGAUGCCAGAGAUGCUGUUGCCAAGAUCUUGUACUCGCUGCUCUUUCACUGGCUGACGGAGAGGAUCAACACUCAGGUGUAUCCUCACCAACACACUCUCUCCAUCUCCAUCCUGGACAUUUACGGAUUUGAGGAUCUAGCAUACAACAGCUUUGAGCAGCUGUGCAUCAAUUAUGCCAACGAGUCCCUGCAGUUCUUCUUUAACAAGAUUGUUUUCCGGGAGGAACAGGAGGAGUACAGCAGGGAGCAAAUUCCAUGGCAGGACAUUCCGUUUAAUGACAACCAGCCCUGCAUCGACCUCAUCGCCGCAAAGCCUCACGGGAUACUGAGAAUACUGGACGACCAGUGCUGCUUCCCACAGGCGACGGAUCACACUUUUCUCCAAAAGUGUCACUAUCACCACGCCAACAACCCGCUGUAUGUGAAGCCAAAGAUGCCCCUCCCUGAGUUCAGCGUCAAGCAUUUUGCUGGACGUGUCAGCUAUCAGGUGUACAAGUUCCUGGAUAAAAACUAUGACCAGGUCCGUCAAGAUGUCCUGGACUUGUUCAUUCAGAGCAGGAACAAGAUGGUGUCAAACCUCUUCCUGGAUCACGCAGAGGUCACGGGUCAGCAGAAAGGAGGUCACAUGCGCAACAGCAGCACAGUCACCAGGAAGUAUCAAGCAUCCACCGUCAGCAGCAAGUUCCAGCAGUCACUACUGGAGCUGGUGGACAAGAUGGAGAGGUGCAACCCCUUUUUUGUCCGCUGCAUUAAGCCAAAUAACACGAAGCGUCCAGGUGUGUUCGAGGACGACUUGGUCAAAGGUCAGCUGCGACACUCGGGUGUCAUGGAGACCAUCAGGAUCCGUAAAGAAGGAUACCCUGUCAGAAUGCCAUUCUCUGUCUUCCUGUUUAGAUACAAGUCCCUGGUGGGAAUUCAGCAGCUUCCAGCAGUAAAUGGAGACAACUGUGUGAUGCUACUCAGUAAACUGUGUCCUCUCACACCACGAGACUACCAUGUGGGGGUCACAAAAUUGUUUGUAAAGGAGGCCAUCUACCAGUUGCUGGAGUGCAAGCGCGAGCGCUGUCGCCAGCUCGCGGCGCUCACCCUUCAGCGUUACGCUCGCAUGUACUUUGUCAGGAAACGCUACGUGGACUUGCGCAACAUGAUCAUCAGGCUGCAGGCGCAUUGCAGAGGCUUUCUCACAAGAAGGCACUAUGUGAAAAUGAGGAGCAGCCUGGUUCGUUUCCGAUCCCUCGUCCACUUGUACGUCAGCCGUAAACGAUACAUGGAGAUGAAGGUGGUAGCCCAGAGGAAAGCUGAGGCGGAAAUGAAGAAGAGGGAUAUGGAUCUGAUGAAAAGGGAGGUGGUGAAUGUUACACACUUGGUGAUCCCAGCAGAGCUUGGUACUCUCCUUCAGGCAGCAGCAGUCAGGAGAGAGUUGCACUACGACUGCUUGGCUUUGCUACAGGCUCCUCACAUCCAGGAGUCCUCCUCCAGUCAACUCACUCUGCCACUGGACAUCAACAAUUACCCCUUCUACCGCUACGUGCUCAGCUACUUCAGAGAGCCUAAGUUUGGUAUGUUGACGGAACCCUUGGAGACACCUCUCACCUGCAUGGAUGAGGACCUGGGGGGAGAAGCUCUGCAGCUUUUCAGCAUGAUAUUACGCUUCAUGGGGGACCCCCACCUGAAUGGUGCGCAGGAGAACAUGUUUGGCAAUUACAUCAUCCAGAAAGGUCUGUCAUGUCCAGGGUUAAGGGAUGAGAUCCUGGCUCAGGUUGUCAACCAGGUGUGGAGAAACGCCAAUGCUGACAAUGCGGAGAGAGGCUGGCUGCUGCUGCUUGCAUGCGUCUGCAGCUUUGCUCCAUCAGCCCAGAUGGACAGAUACCUGCUCAAGUUUGUUUCUGACUACGCCCCUGUUGGUUGCCAAGCAUUGCUGCAACACAGACUCAUCCAAGCCAAUGAGAAGAUGCAGCUGAGCUCAGGCCCGACCUCUGAGACAGCACGAACAUAUCCACUGUCACUGCUGGAGUGGACGGCUAACAGGAAAAAAGCGAACAUGGUGUUACAUCUGCAUUGUUUUGAUGGGGUGUCAUUCUUGUGCCCGCUCCAUUCCUGGACCAGCGGUGAGGAUUUAGCAGGAAAUAUUCUCCGCCACAGGGGUGUGUCGGACUGGUGGAGGGGGAGUUCUGUCCUCAUGAAGGAGCACGGCCAGUGGGUGGAGUUAGCGGGUCACGACUACGUGAUGGACCUGAUUGCGGACCUGGAGCUUCCGAACGACUUCCCCAAGCAGAAGAGCUACUUCAUCAUCAGUACUGACGACCCCGCAAGAGUCAGAGCCAACGCCAGCCUAACUUUAUUUGGCAGUGGCUUUGACUCGGAUGAUGAACUCCCACCUUCCCUGCCUCUGAGCAGAGGCUGCAGACCAGCCUACAGCUUGUCUGAGUCUGAUGGUUACCACAGCCACGUCGAGUCCGACGCGUUCAGCGAUGGUCAGACCCAGAGAGGAAUGGACCGCUACCUGGACAGCUUGUUCGAUCCCGUGCUGUCAGAUAGCGGCGUGGACGUGGAAAAGACGGGAAGCUUGGCAGCAAGGAUGAAGGGAGGGGGAGGUAUUGGCAUCCCAGGGGGAGGAAGAGGAGAGGGGGAGAGUCAUUUGGGCCCAAGUAGGUCGUACCCACCUGGAAUACACCCUGGAGCUGUGCCAGUGCUCCCAGUAGCAGGAGGGAUGAUGCCACCUAUCCCUGCAAUGCCCAUCCCCUCUCACCAUCAUCACCAUGAACAUCAACAGCAGCAGCAGCAGUACCAUCAGUACAACCGACCCCAACCCUCCCACCAUCAACAGACUUCAUCCACUCCCCCAAAUGAAACCCCCACUCCUCCAUCCACUCAUGCCCCAUCUGAGGCCCCUGCCACGGCCCCCUCUGCAGCCUCCUCUGCGCCCCUCUCUGACUCUCCGGGUUCAGUGAGUGCUGCUAAUGUAGCGUCACAUGGCACUAGUACCUCAGGUUUUGGGGUGUUGCCCUCCCUUCCUCCCAUGUCUGUGAUUCCAGGCUUGCCUGUGCUGACAGGAACGGAGCAGGCAGUUCUGACUCAACAGCAGCAAGCCAUCAUCAACCAGCAAGCCAUCAUUCUGGCCCAGCAGAUGACCAUGCAGGCCAUUGCAAUCCAGCAGCAGAUGAUGUCCUCCUUCCCUUCCUCGCCGUCGCCACCACUCCAGUAUUACAUGCACUCACCACAACACUCUCGCACACCAAGCCCUACUAAAGAGAGAGAGGAUUCACCCACAAGAUCCAGCCCUCAGCGCAAAAUGAGUCCAACACGUGGUGCCCCUCCAGAAGACGUGGUCCGGGCUAGUGUUGGUAACACUGAGCGCAUGGAGCCCAGCCAUGAUAUCAAAGACAUCAUCAAACAGCACCAACCCGCCACCGUGUUGCCCUCCGGACCUUCCAUAAAACGGAAAGAUGAUGGAAAGUUUAUGAAGAAGCCAGACCCCCAUGAUGAAGCCAUGGAGAUCCUCAAAGACCAGAUGGCCAACCCACCUCAUCCAACUCAGAAGAAGUCUCAGUCUUUCCAUCAAAAAGAGGAGAGAGGAGUGACCAAAAACAAUUCUGUUGGACCAACAAGCUCCAUCACAGGCCCCGCCCCUCCUCCAGUCUGCAGAGAGCUACCAGUAGAAAACGAGGUCAUCCAGACGAAACUCCACAGUAGAACCAGUGAUGAAUAUUACACCUACACCAAUGUCCCCUGGAAACUCUACCUGAGGAAGGAGGUGUUUUAUCCCAAGGAGACCCUCAACGAUCCACUGAUGCUGGACCUGAUCUUCAGACAGAUUGUACAUGAUACCUUCUCCGAGGCCUGCAUUCGUAUCACUCAAGAGGAGAGACAGAAGAUGAAAACUCUGUUUGUGGAAAACCAGGUGGAUCAGGUUUCAGGAACCCACGAUGAAAAUGUGAAGAAGAAGGUGGUUGCCAUGGCGAGAGACUCAUGGGAGAUCUACUUCUCUCGCCUUUUCCCAGCCUCUGGCAGUGUUGGGACAGGGGUACAGGUGCUGUCUGUGUCCCAUAAAGGCAUCAAACUGCUCAAGUUGGUGAGGAGCAGCUCCAAUGCUGCAGAUUACUUCAGAGUGCUGCGACCUUACAGCUACUCGGACAUCCUUUUCUUGUCCAUUCCGUCCAAGAACAUGCUGGAGUUCAAUCUGGUCAACGAGAAGCUCAUCCUGUUUUCCGCCAAAGCCCCGCAGGUCAAAAGCAUGAUAGACGACUUCCUGACAGAGAUUAAGAAGGACUCUGAGUACGUGGUGGCUGUGAGGAAUUACAUCAGUGAGGACAGGAUGCUCCUCAGCUUCCACAAAGGUGACAUCAUUAGACUGCAGCGUAUGGAUGGCUUGGAGGCGGGCAAAAGUUACGGCUGCAUUGUGAAGAAAAAGGUCAUGCUGCUGGAAGAACUUAAGAGAGACACACCUGACUUUGGCUGGCGGUUCGGGGCGGUGUAUGGAAUGUCUGGGGUUUUUCCCAGUGAGUAUGUCCGACCUGUGGCCGCACCGGACUUCCUGCUUCUGCCAACUGAGAGGGCGGUGCCUCGUGACCGACAGGGACGAGUCGCUGCUUCUGCUGCUGUCGCCGUAGCGAUGGGCUCAUCGGUCGCUGCCCAAGAGCUUGACCGCUCCACAGAGGUAGUGAAGGACACGUAUGUGGACAGCCCAGGCGAGGAACUGGAUGAUCUGUUUCAGUACGGCAGCCAGUAUCACAUGGUGGAGUUUGCCAAGAGAUACUUCAGGGAGGCGCAGAGAAACAGGAAUGAUCCUAAGGUCAAGAAGGGGAGAGAGUGCAGGGAGCCCGCUGAUAUGAUCAAAUUCUCCAAGUCUGUACUCCAGGAGUCUCUGAUCGAGUUCUCCGACAGUGGUAUGAACAGAGUGGCUGCUGACAUCUCCUCAGCCAUCAUGAAGUUUAUGGGAGACCUGCCACUGAAAGGUCAGACUGAACAGGACCUCGUCACCGUUAUACUGAAGUUGAGUGCCGAUCAUGGCCUGAUGAAGGAUGAAGCCUAUUGCCAGGUGAUGAAGCAGGUCACUGCCAACAACAGCACCAAACCAGACAGCUGCCAGAGAGGAUGGAGGCUCUUGUACAUCCUGACUGCUUUCCAUCGCUGUUCACACGUCAUGAAGCCAUUCCUCUUCAGCUUUCUCCAUGACGCCUGUGUCGGCAUUGGACUGCAGUACCAAGGUAUUGCCAAGGCUUGUGAGCAGAAUCUGAGGAAAACAUUUCAAUAUGGAGGACGUGUACAGUAUCCCAACACCAUGGAACUGAAAGCCAUGAUGGCUGGGCGGAGCUCCAAAAGACAGCUCUUCCUGUUGCCAGGUGGGAUGGAAAGGCACUUGAAAAUCAAGACAUGCUCUGUUGCUUUGGAUGCCAUUGAGGAGCUUUGCUAUGAAAUGGACCUGCACAGAGUGGAAGCGUUAGAUGAAUAUGCCAUCUUUUUGGUCACACACAGAGGUCAAAAUGUGCGUCCCCUGAACAAGAGAGAGUACAUUCUGGAUGUGGCUACAGAAGCAGAACCAGUAGAUGCCAAUUACAGUCUUUGGUUCAGAAGAGUCAUAUGGAGUCUGGCUUUGAAACUUGAUAAUGAACUUUAUGUUACCAUGCAUUAUAAUCAGGUGUUGCCAGAUUACCUGAAGGCCUUGCUAAGUGUGGUCCCUCAGGGAAAGGCCAGUGAACAACAUCUGCAGCAGAUCGCCAGACUGGCUGCCCUACAGCACCGUGCCAAAGACACCACCUAUCUGCCUACCAUACGUGAGUUACAGGACUGUGUCCCGCCACAGUUCUACAGCAAACAGAAUCCACAGCAGUGGCUCAAUAUGGCAACUCAACAUAUGCAACAGGUCCAGCCCCUAAACCCACACCAGUCUCGUGCGCAGUUCCUUGGUCUGGUCAGUGCCUUCUCCAUGUUUGGCUCAUCCUUCUUCUACAUCCAGAGUUCCAGCUCAGCCUCCAUUAAGGCCCCGUGCAUCCUGGCGGUGAACCUUAACGGACUCCACUUUCUCAACAAAGACACUCAUGAGGCCAUGGUGCGUUUCCCUUUAAAAGAGAUCCAGUCAACUCGGACCCAGAGACCCACUUCAGGCUCCAGUUACCCAUAUGUAGAGCUAAUGAUUGGAGACCUGCUAAGCCAGCGCGUCACACAGCUUCAACUGGAGCAGGGCCUGGAGCUUUGUCGAGUGGUUGCCAUGCACAUGGAGAACAUGUUGUCGGUCAGAGAGAAGAGACUCACGUUGCCACCAAGUGAAAUAACCCUUCUAUAGCAGACAUACUUUCAGCGUACACACACAAGGUGUGUGAGAGUGAGAGGAGUGCACACACCUCACCUGCCUAAUGGGUAAAAUGUAUACAGUAUCUUACAAACACUGCUCACUUUUCAGCAACCAUUUUAUUCCAUCUUGUCACGGGAAAAUACUAUAGAACGUAAUCUUGGAUAUACUUGAGAGUAGUCAGUGUGCAGCAGUGGUUCCCAAACCUUUCACAGUCCUGUACAUGUAUCUCUUCAGACAUUUCACCUGAAGCCAUGUACAGUACCACCUAUACUGCACACUUAAAAAGCAAAUCUUACUGUGAAUUAUCACCAGUUGUAUAUACUGUAUUUUAUGAAUUAUUGCAUAGGAUUAUAUUUGCAUUAUUUAAGAAUUUGGUUUAUUUUUAUUAUUUUGUUAUUUUUCAUACAAACGUACUUAUUUGUCCAUGUAACGCACGCAGAACAAUGAGCAACUUCCUGUCUGUCUCCUUUCUUCUGCACUGUACUCCCUGCACUGUGCAGGCGCUGCUCACACGAUGAGGCGUUCGUGCGCACUGCGUAACUGUCAGUUAUGCUUUCAGCACACCAAUGUUGUCACGCUGUUUUUUAUUUUGAUGUUUAUUUAGUACCCCCAUGACAAAAGGGUCUACAGCUUGUGUAACACCAAUCAUUUUCACUGAGUAGUAAAGCUCUACUGCUAUGCAAGCUGCACGUUGACUACUCGAAAGUAAGUUUCGUUUCUAUAAUAUGGGCUCUUGAGAAGACAUGCUGUAUCCAGUUCAGUCCUUUCUUGGUACACGCACGAUGAAAGAACACCCUUCCACUGUUCCACUCAUAGAGUCACACACCAAUGAGUCAAAUGUCCAUGGUCCCGUGAUGCAAUGCGAGUCAAAAGUGGAAGUGAGACACUGUCAGGCUUGAAUGAAUGUUCUUGUCACAGAUUGUACCCACAGUCUUUUAGUGAGUUCCUGUUUUUCCAUGCUUGAUUUGUCAGGGAUUAGGACGAAUAGGGCUUCCUUUUCUGGUGAAUAGAAUGGUUUGACUCGCCUUGAUCGCCGAGUAACUUUGAAUUUAAGGAGCGCUGCUCUUAAGAUCUCUGCUGCGGUCGCUGCCAACUGUUGUUUCCUGCGCAGUUUUACCUUGCAAAGAUGAGAAUGGAGUGUGUAGAAUGCAGUCCAUGUGUUUUAUAUAAAGUAUGUGGAUGUUGGAGUUUGACAUAAAAGAUAUUUUAUAACCAUCCAAUAGUUAUGUUGCUUUACCAUUCAAGUUCAGAUUGGAAAAAGAUACUGACUGAAUUAUUUUUACUUUGAAGGCACAUUUCAGGAUGCUUAUUUUGUCAACAUUUAACAAUUUAUACUGAAUGUUUAUACAUAAAAUGUGACUGUAAAUAACUGGUGUACAGAAUAAAUGCUUGU